AUGAGGGUUAGGAAAGGAAUAUGGGAUAUGCGCCUGGAGGACAGAAAUGCUAGGUGGGAGGAAGUGGACUAUGGGCAGCAGCGAGGUGUGUUCUGCGGAGUGAAAUCCCCCCGAGGCACCAGUCCACUGGGAGCAACAGAGUUAUUUGCUAGAAUAAAAAAAAAAAAAAAAGUCUCUGUCUUCUCUGCCCUGGGAGCAUCUCUCCUGCUUUUGCCCCUCACCCUGAAAAGGUAUGCCUGCUCCAAGAUCGUCUCUACCCGCUCCCUGGUCAGGAGCACCUCUCAGCUGCUGAGUCGACCACUGUCUGCAGUGGUGAACCCCCCAGAGACACGGACAAACGAGAGCCUCAGCAGGCUGGCAGUCACCCGUCCCCUGACGUCACUUGUUGCUAGCCGCAGCUUCCAGACCAGCACCAUUUCAAGGGAUAUCGACACAACAGCCAAGUUCAUUGGAGCUGGGGCUGCCACCGUUGGGGUGGCUGGCUCGGGGGCUGGGAUUGGGACUGUGUUUGGCAGCCUCAUCAUUGGUUAUGCCAGGUAA